AUAUUAUAACUGUGAAUACUACAUACGCCUUUCUUUCUACAAAAUGGAAAACUACAGUGACUACAACUUUUCUUUAAAUGCUACAGUCGAACCUGAAAAUAUAUUUGUUUUACCAUGGUGGCAACAGCUAUUGUGGAGUCUUGUUUUUGGAAUCAUGAUAUUCGUUGCGACUGGUGGCAACGCCAUUGUGAUGUGGAUAGUUCUAGCUCACAAGAGAAUGCGCAGUGUUACAAAUUAUUUCCUGGUUAAUUUAAGUCUGGCUGAUACCAUGGUUUCAACCCUGAAUGUCAUCUUCAAUUUCGUGUACAUGUUGGAUGGUGACUGGCCGUUCGGAAAAGCUUAUUGCAAGAUAUCCAAUUUCAUCGCAAUCAUUUCAGUAGCUGCAUCCGUCUUCACUUUAGUGGCAAUUUCUUUUGACAGGUACAUGGCUAUUAUACACCCACUACAACCAAGAAUGUCAAGGGGUAUGACUUUGAACAUCUGUGCAUGCAUAUGGUUAUUCGGAAGCAUCUUGUCUCUUCCAAAUUUGCUUUACUCGUCUACUAUGGUGGAGGUCUAUCUAAAUGGUGAAAACAGAAUGGUCUGCUUCAUGGUUUGGCCUGAUGGUCCAUCAAAUGAAAGCAAUCAAGAAUACAUUUACAAUGUUGUGAUCCUGAUUGUGACGUAUGUUCUUCCAAUCACUUUUAUGAUUUUUACCUACUUCAAAAUCGGAAAAGAAUUGUGGGGAAGUCAAAGCAUUGGAGAAUGUACACAAAAGCAGAUCGAAAGCAUUAACUCCAAAAGGAAGAUAGUAAAAAUGAUGAUUGCUGUUGUUGUAAUUUUUGCGGUUUGCUGGCUACCUUACCACGUUUAUUUCUUGGUAGCCCAUCAUUUGCCAUACAUAACAAGUCAACCCUACGUUCAACAUAUCUAUUUGUCUAUAUACUGGCUGGCCAUGUCUAAUGCUUGCUACAACCCAUUUAUUUAUUGUUGGAUGAACAGCAGGUUUCGCCAAGGAUUCAAAAAUGUAUUUUGCUGUUGCAAAUGGAAGGAGGAAAAAAUAGCACCACUGGAAAAAAGGAAUUUCACUUCACAUACAAUGGCAAACGAAAAGGUUGCAAUGGCAACCAUUACAGAAUCUCUCAGUAGUAGCAAUCCUGCUCUCUACAACAGAUGCGUUCGAUUAGAAAGAAUGUGACAAUAUUUUUGAACUUCAAACUCCGUUAAAAACAUUCCAAUGAAAAUGGAGGGGGGGGGGGAUCCAUCAUAAAUCAUGCUCCACUGAUCAAUCAUGAAGGAAUUAAGACUUUGAUUAAAGAUGAGUGAUUAUGUAGUGUAUUAAAAUAUCAGGCACAAGGAAAUACAAUAUCCGAGCGGUAUAUUAACUGGCUAAUCAGUAGGGCACAUGCAGAAAUAUGUGACGAAUCAAACUUUAUGUGAUACCCGAUCGGCAAUCCUUUCGAUAAAAUUCCAACUGGUACACACUUCUACCAUGAAUCUUUCAGAAGUGAUGAGACAACCCCCAAUUGAACACCUUGUGGGGUUUCAUUCUGAGCAUGGACUUUGUGGAGCUGUUAAUGUCACCAUCAUAACUUUUAGAGCAGAAGAACUGCAAAAAGAACUGCUUUUAAUCACCAUUAACAGACGGUUUUAAGAGAAAAUGGUAUCAUUCCAUUUGAUAACCAUUCCUGAUACGAUGCUCAUUUUUUUCAGAAUUUGUAACGAUGUCUUGAGAGUCUAUCGUCGAGAGCAAAAGAGAUGCUUUUCCGUAGAAACUGUAAUUGUAAAUACAUAACAAUUGUGAAUUCAAUCAACAAAUUUACAGAAAUAUACAUAUGUAUACAUUA